AUGGAGGCGCAGUUAAGAUUAUUAGAAGACAUUAAAUGUCGUAUUCAUAAGGGACUUAUUAAUUUCAAAAAGUCUCCAAAAGAGAGGCGUCUACUGAACCAAAAACAAAUGACCAUUGAGUCAUCUAUAAAUCUCAAGCAACUUUUGGACACUACAACCGAUUGCUUACACGAGUUAUCAAAUCUAGGGGUACAAGUAGACGCUUGGGAUAUUAUUGUUAUUUAUUUGAUAGGUUCCAAGUUGGACGUUGAGACUAGGAAGCAGUGGGAACUCCAGCAUCACACUCUUUUGCACAAAAAAUUCGAUCCUAAUACGGAGGCGGACUCUUCCGCACCCCUCACCAGUGCUAAUAAGGAACCACCACAGAACGAGUCCAAGGCUGAACCUCAUAUUUCAACCCAUUUCGCGAAAAAUGUACAUAGUCAGGUUUUACUAGCUACCGCCGUUGUUAAGGCUAGGUCGAGAAGAUUGGGGGGAGGUCAUAGCGACCUGACUUCAAAAUACAUGGUUCAAGUUAACAUUCAAUCUUUAAUUGAUCCUAACUUCAAUUUUCAAAUAAAAGCUUAUGUGCUGAGUAGGGUAACUUCUAUUUUACCAGAAAGGAAGUUUACAUUGGUGGAUUGGCCAGAACUUCAUAGUGUUGAGUUGGCUGAUCCAAAUUUUAAUAAGCCCAGCAAAAUUGAUAUUUUGCUAGGUUCAGAAGCCUAUACUAAAAUUUUAAAAGAAGGCUUAAUUAAGGACCCUAGAGGUAAAACAAUGGCUCAAGAUACUUACCUUGGUUGGAUAGUGUCUGGAGAAGUUGAGGAUGAAGGGCAGUCGCAUCAUAAGUUAACUAUUAGCAUGCAUGCAAAGGUCGAAACAGAUCAAAUCCUAAAAAGAUUUUGGGAGUUAGAGGCAGAGCCAACAAACUCUGAAUCAUCAAUACUUAGUCCUGAAGAACAAGCAUGCGAAGAUUACUUCGCUGCCACAACGCGCAGGGAUGAAAAUGGACGCUACAUUGUUAAGCUGCCAUUUCGGUCAAGUCAUAUGGAAGAAAUUACCAAUGAAGUAGAAAAUAAUAAAAUUGGCGCUGUUUACUUACCGCAUCAUGGUGUAAUCCGCGAAAAUAAGUCGACCACAAAAUUAAGGGUGGUAUUUGACGCGUCAGCUAAAGGAUCCGAUGGUGUUGCUUUGAACGACACUUUAAUGGUUGGACCACCCUUACAAGCUGACUUACGCCAUACUGUUAUGCGGUGGCGACUACACCCUAUAUGUCUAGUAGCCGAUAUCAUAAAAAUGUAUCGGCAAGUGAAGGUGGCUGGUGAUCACGUAGACUAUCAAAGGAUUUUAUGGCGAGAAGACGUUCAUUCUAACGUAAAGGAAUAUAGGCUUUUGAGAGUUACAUUUGGAAUAUCAAGCGCACCUUACCUGGCAGUGAAGGCAUUGCAGCAAACUGCUUGCGAUGAAGGCGAAUCAUAUCCAUAUGCUGCAAGUAGAAUCAUGACAGACUUUUAUAUGGAUGAUCUCAUGACGGGUUGCCAGACUGAAGAAGAAGCUGUAAAAAUCUAUCACGAGUUUAAUGAGCUUUUAAAUAAAACCGGUUUCACCUUACAGAAAUGGACAAGUAACCGAGAAGAACUACUUAAACAAAUAGAACUGGAUACUGGAAGAAAUCUAGAAAUAAAGGAAGAUGAAACUACAAGAAUUUUAGGACUUACCUGGAACCGUAAUUCUGAUGAAUUCCAUUACACUGUAAACUUACCUUUUUCAACACCGUCACCAUCGGUACCUGAAACUAAAAGAAGUGUCAUAUCAGAGAUAUCACGUUUAUAUGACCCAUUAGGUUGGAUCGCACCAUGUAUAAUUACCGCAAAGAUCUUCAUCCAAAAACUAUGGAUCAGUGGUUUAGAUUGGGAUGACGAACUAUCUGCAGAGCUUCUGGCUGAAUGGCAGUUUUACCGUUGCGAGUUACAAAAACUCAAUGGAUUUAGGAUUCCGAGAUGGCUGCAAAGAAAAAACAAUGAUCAAAAUGUGGAAUUACAUGGUUUCUCUGAUGCAUCAAGUGUGGCGUACGCCGCGGUUGUUUACAUGAGAGUUAUUGAUAGUGAAGGCCAAAUAAACUGCAAUUUGGUAACUGCAAAAACAAAGGUAGCUCCCAUAAAACAGGUUUCAAUACCAAGACUGGAGUUAUGUGGAGCAGUUUUAGUUACCAAAUUACUGUUAGAAGUAGCUCGAGUUUUGAAUGUUCAAAAAUCAGACUUACAUGCAUGGACGGAUUCAACAGUCGUGCUAGCAUGGUUGAGCGAUCAUCCGAGUCGGUGGAAAACCUUCGUUGCAAAUCGGACAUCUGAAAUCCUUACUGCCCUCGACUCCACUCAAUGGCAUUAUGUGGACACAAAAAAUAAUCCCGCAGAUAUUGCUUCGAGGGGAACAACACCCACAUCUUUAUUAAAUGAUUCGCUUUGGAAACACGGACCACCGUGGUUGCUAGCUGACACCAUAGCAUAUUGCAGACCUAAAGCUAUAAUGACCAAACUGGAACAGAGAUCUGUUAAGGUUCAUGCGGCAGAGGUAACCGACGAUUCGAUCGAAUUAAUAUGGUCCAGAUUUUCAUCUUUCCGUAAGUUAACCAGGACGUUAGCCUAUUGCAGACGAUUUUUGAAUUUAAAGGUGGCUAAAGCAUUACGGACACAGUUACCGCCUUACCUAACAGCUUCUGAAAUCUCAGAUACCAUCCAUCGCUGUCUCAUGCUCUGUCAAAUAGUGUGGUUUGAGACAGAAAUAGAGGCAAUACGAGCUGGUAAAAACGUUAGCAAGAACAACGGUUUGAUUUCUUUGAAUCCUUAUUUGGAUGAUAGGGGCCUCAUGAGAGUGGGAGGAAGAAUCCAAAAUUCUCAGUUAGAUGACAAUAUGAAGCACCCUAUCAUUGUUCCUUAUCAGUCUCAUUUGACGAAACUGCUCAUAUCGGACGCUCAUCAACGCGUACUGCACGGCGGGCCACAAUUGACAUUAAAUUUCCUUCGGUCAAAAUAUUGGAUUGUGCGAGGUAAGCAGUUGAUUAAAGCUCAUAUCCACAACUGUGUACCAUGUAUUCGUCAUGCAGCUGUAACAAGAAAUCAACUGAUGGGGCAGUUGCCGUCAUGUAGGGUGACACCGAGUAAACCUUUUCUUCAUUCGGGCGUCGAUUAUGCGGGUCCAAUUCAAAUGAGAACAGCUAAGGGUCGCGGACAUAAGUCCUACAAAGGAUAUAUAUGUCUUUUUGUUUGCAUGGCAACUCGUGCUGUGCACAUCGAAGCGGUCUCUGAUUUGACAUCUGAAGGCUUUCUUUCAGCCUUUAAACGUUUUGUCGCCAGACGUGGUCACUGCAGUCAUCUUUACAGUGACAACGGCACCAACUUCGUUGGAGCUUCAAAGGAGCUUAAGGCAAUGUUUCACAAUGAAUGUGCUUCUCUUCCUCGAGAAAUAGCGGCUUUAUUGGCCAAUAAUGGAACAGAAUGGCAUUUCAUCCCGCCUCACUCUCCUAACUUCGGAGGUCUGUGGGAAGCUGGGAUAAAAAGUACAAAACAUCACCUUAGACGAGUUAUUGGUGAUUCUACUUUGACUUUCGAGGAGUUGAGUACAGUUUUGUCACAAAUUGAGGCAUGUCUGAACUCAAGACCUCUGUCACAGAAUAGUGCUAACUCGACAGAUCCAAACCCUUUGACACCAGGACAUUUCUUGGUCGGUCAGCCACUGGUGAUAGCACAGACUAUAACUAUGAGCAUACGACAGUGA